AUGAGGAAUGCUCUCGCCGCCGCGCUCGGCCUCGCGGCGGCGCGCGCGGCCUUCGAGAUGCGGCUCGUGGACCAGUACGGCGCCGUCAUGGACGGCAGCGUGUCCCAGACGGGCCGCCUCGAGGUGCGGAACCCGCCGUCGUCGACGACCUGGGGCACGGUCUGCGACGACUACUGGAACUACUACGAGCGGAACGCGGACGUCGCCUGCGACGAGCUCUUCGGCACGGCCGCCGUGAGCUACGACGACUACGCCCCCGAGUUCGAGGCCGUGUCCAACACCGUGCCCAUCUACAUGGACGACGUCGCCUGCGCCGGCGCGGAGCCGUCGCUGUCCCUCUGCGCCGCGAGCGCCUGGGGCUCCGAGAACUGCAACCACUACGAGGACAUCCACCUGACCUGCGAGGCCGUCGCCGCCGUCGCCGCGCCGACGCCCGCGCCGACGCCGUCGCCGACGGUCGGCUGCUCCCGGACGAUCAAGGUCGGCACGUUCGACGAGGCGAACCCCUACACGGCGGCGGUCAUGUCCAAGUGGCUCGACUCGUCGACGGCCUGCUGGGCCUUCUACCGCCAGACGUCCGGCGGGCGGAGCAUCGCCCACCUCGAGAACGGCGACCUCGACGUCGCGAUGCUCGGCUCGACGCCGUUCGCCGCCGCGGCCGCGCGGCGCGCGGCGCUGAGCGCCGUGAGCGUGCUCCACCUCAAGGGCGCGGCGCAGGCGCUGGUCACGCGGUCCGACCUCACGGGGCCCGUGAACCUCCGGGGCAAGAUCCUCUGGACGCCCUACGUGUCGACGACGCACUACAUCCUCCUGGCGGCGAUGUCGCAGAUGGGCAUCGACGUGUCGGACCUGACGCUGGAGACGCGGUCGCCGGCGGCCAUCGUCGCGGCCUGGGACGCGGGGACCAUCGACGGCGCGGCCUGCUGGGGCAACACCAUGGCCUACCUCCUCGACAACCCCCACGGCGCGACGCAGGGCGGGAAAAGCGUGCGAAAUUCCCAACUUCAAAGGCUCCUAUCUCGGCCGUUCCCCACUCGCGCGACGGGCGACGCGGGCCGGGCGAUGGUCGACGCCGCGACGGUCGCGCAGUGGGGCUACGACACGGGCAACGUGCUCGGCGUCUCCGACGCGUUCCUCGCGUCGGACCCGGCGCUCGUCGCGACCAUCGUCGAGAAGUUCGCCCAGGCGACCUACGACUACACCAACAACCAGCUCAGCGGCUUGUGGGACGCGGGCGCGGACUACAUGGCGUACGUCGACGACUUCGUCUACCUCACGGACGUCACGGGCGCGACGCCCCACUGGGUCGACGGCGUCCCCAACGACGACCUCCACGUGCGCGACGACGUCGCGGGCCGCACCGCGGCCUUCGAAUACCUGUCGGUCGCGGAGCAGCUCGCGUUCUCGCUCGAAACGAUGACCAGGGACCAGGCGACGUUCCUCUACUACCAAAAGGCCCUGGCGAACAACCCGCUCGACGACGCCGUGGCCUACUACCGCUCCAAGGUCGACAACACGAGCCUCCUGGGCGCGCUGGGCACGGAGUCCGUGGGCAUCAAGGGCAUGCGCGAGCGCGUCGAGAUCGAGGAGCAGAUCGCGGACGAUUCCGAGAAGUGCGCGCCGCUGACGCAUACGACCGUCUCCGGGUCCGCCGUCUUCGCGAGCGGCAACACGGGCACGUCGGCCUACAGCUCGAACGCGACCUGCGUCUGGGCCCUCGAGAGCGACGAGGGCUGCCUCGAGCUCUCCGUCGAUUUCUUGGCGGCCGAGGCGCCGAACGACGUCCUGGAGGCCUACGACCACGCGGGCUUCCUCGUCGCGCGCUGGACGGGGCGCCACGGCGCGUCGAUCCCGACCCUGAAAUUCUGCGGCGACUACGACGCGAGCGACGACUUCCAGCGGGCGGUCGCCGGCGAGCUCGCCGGGCUCGUCUCGACGCCGACGUUCUCCGCGGCGACGGUGCGCGGCGUCGGGCUCUACCUCCGCUGGGCGACGGACGCCUACAGCGAGCACGCCAUCGGCAAGUUCGACGCCGUCGGGUUCUCCGUGACGGCGACGGCCGUCGGCCCCUCGGACCUGUGCGGCUGCGGGUCGCACGGCGAGUCGCUCGCGGGCGUCUACGGCACGGCGUCGUGCGCGUGCGUCUGCGACGCCGGCUGGAGCGGCGCGGCCUGCGACGAGCCGCGCUGCAACGGCGUCGUCGUGGCGAACCCCGACGGCGAGUUCAGCGGCACGCUGCGGGCGACCGCGCCGGGCGAGCAGACGUACGCGGCCUGGUCGACGUGCGGCUGGCGGAUCCAGCUCCCGGCGGCCUACAGCCACGUCGACCUCGCCUUCACGUCCCUGGCCCUCGAGGACGGCUUCGACUUCGUCCGCGUCUACAAGGCGGGCAUCCCCGAGGGCUACGCGGCGGGCUCCACGCGGACCUUCGACGACUACGAGUACUCCGCGACGGGCGCGACGGGCCCCUCGCGCCUGCUGGUCAAGGGCAGCGUCUUCGUCGCCUUCGAGAGCGACGGCCUCGUCGGGUCCGCCGUCGACGGCGACGGCCUCGCGGCCGACGGCGGCUUCGAGAUAGGCUGGUCCCUCGUGGACAUCGACGUGUCGUUCGUCGCCGACGAGGGCGACUGCAACGACGCCGUCGACUGCAAAAACGGCGGCACCUGCGCCUGGGUCUUCGGCGGCGGAAACGAGCUGUCCACGACCGAGACGCGGUGCGAGAGCCUGGGCGCCGCGAGCGGCUGCUUCCGCGACGACUGGGCGUGCGAGUGCGCUCCGGGCUACUACGGCGAGAACUGCGACUUCGACCACUGCGUCGGCGAGAUCGUCGACGUCGGCUACGACCUCGUCACGACGUCCGCGAGCGGCGGCUACGCGUCGCCGCGCUACGCGGGGCUCGUCCUGAGCGGCGCGGGCGCGGACUACCCGCCGUCGACGACGUGCCUCUGGUCCUUCCCCGUCAUGCCCCGCGGCGCGUUCUCCGCCGCCGGCGUCCGGCUCCGCUUCGAUGCCUUCGACCUCGAGGGCGAGGACGCGACCUACGCGCUCGCGUCGACGACGGACCGCGUCGAGAUCUGGCUCCAGGACGGGUCGGCGCCCCGCGACGUCGCCCCCGAGGACCUCGUCGCGGAGAGCGUCGAGCUCGGGAGCGCGACGCUCCUCGCGACCAUCUCCGCGGACGACUUCGCCGUCGGCCUCUACGACGUGGGGGCGGCCUUCGACCUCGAGUUCCCCGGCUACGCGGCCGACGCCGCGAACCCCGUCCGCGUCGCCGUGAAGUUCGCGAGCGACAAGAACAACCCCGCGCCCUACUCCGGCUUCGCGCUCCGCUACGCGCCGCUCUGGGGCGAGGGCGACGGCACCUUCGCGGACUACUGCGACGACGACUGGGCCUGCGGCGACGGCUACGCGUGCAGCGGCAUGGUCUGCGCGCCGCCGUCGUCGAGCUCGGGCGGCGCCGCGGUCGACGUCGGCCUCAUCCUGCUCGUCGUCGCGAUCAUCGUCGCCGCGCUGGGCGCCGUCUUCUUCUACUACCGGCGCCAGGUCGUCAAGUCGCUCGACUCGCUCAAGGGCAACCUGGCGUCGCUCGAGGCGGAGCUCCAGGACUUCAAGGACUCCGUCGUCGGCUUCAAGGUCGCCGUCCAGGACUACGUCCCCGAGGCCGUGUCCGUCGACGUCGCCGGCGACGACGCGAACGCCAAGUACGAGGCCGAGGCCGGCGGCGCCGUCGUCGCGGCCGUCGCGGGCGCGCCGGCGGCCGCGCGCUGGUACUGGCGCGAGGAGCAGGCGAGGCUCGGGAGCCACGACCCGGCGAAGGUCAAGUCGCCCCACUGGGUCGCCUACGACGACGGCGUCGCCGCGGCGCUCGAGCGGGCGUACGGCGACGCCGGCGCGUCCAAGGUCGUCGCGACGGGCGGGCCCUACAAGGUCGACGUCGCGACCAUGAAGCAGGUCAACGAGCGCACGAACUACGAGCGCGACGUGCUCCGCGACGUCGCGGCCGCGCCGCCGCCGCCGGCGGCGGCCGGCGCGGCGCCGAAGCGGACGGGCUCGGCCAAGGUCCACCCGGCGGCGCCGGGCGCGAACACGGACCGGCGGCCCGAGGAGCUCCUGGGCGAGGACGCGCUGUUGCUCCGCGCGGGCUCCGUGCUCCAGGUCUCGAAGACGCGCCCCGACGGCUGGGCCUACGGCUCCGUCGUGCUGCACGGCGGCGACGAGGCCGCGGACCGGGCCUACGUCCAGGACGGCGUCUCGCUGUCCACGGGCUGGUUCCCGCUGGAGUGCACGGACGUGCCGUCCGUGGAGCAGCUCUCGAAGCUCCAGGACGCGCUCGGCGGGUCCGGCGGGCUCAAGCCGCCGGACAGCUGGGAGGAGGUCAAGGAUCCCCUCGUCGCGCAGUACUUCCCGCUGCGCGACGGCGAGGAGAAGGCCAACGUCGUCAAGAACUUUCUGAGCACGCUCGACGCGUCGCGGUUCACCAUCGUCGCCGUCGAGCGCAUCCAGAACGUGGGCGCGUGGCAGUCCUUCGCCGUGAAGCGCGAGUCGGUCUUCGUCCGCGAGAAGGACGAGAGCCGGCGCGCGGCGCGCUUCGAGCGCCACCUCUGGCACGGCACGAACAUCGAGGUGCUGGAGAAGAUCGUCCAGCAGGGCUUCAACCGCUCCUUCUGCGGCAAGAACGCGACGUUCUACGGCAAGGGCGUCUACUUCGCGCGCGACGCGUCCUACUCCACGAACAAGACCUACGCGGUCCCGGACCAGAACGGCGUCCAGCACAUGUUCUACGUGCGCGUCACCGUCGGCGAGUACUGCAAGGGCGUCAAGGACGCGCUGACGCCCGACGUCCGCGAGGGCCUCAACCUCUACGACACGACGGUGAACAACGUCGCGGACCCGUCCAUCUUCGUCACGUACCACGACGCGCAGGCCUACCCCGAGUACCUCAUCAAGUUCCGGCAGGAGGGCGUGGAGCACAUGCGCGGCGCCUACAGCCAGAGCGCGCCGCAGCAGCCCCCGCGCCAGCAGGCCGCGCCGCCGGCGGCCGGCGCGCGGCGGAUGAUGAUCCAGGUGCCGCCGAACGUCGCGCCCGGCGAGCGCAUGCAGGUCCGCGUCAACGCGACGGGCCAGAUGCUCGUCGUCAAGGUGCCGCCGGGCGUCGCGCCGGGCCAGACCAUCACCGUGGCCUACUAGAAUUCGCAGACGACCGCCGACGACGAGCUUCGCACGAGUCCACCCCCCCCC